AUGGAAGGAAUUAACCAGCGCAUGGAGGAAGUGGAAAAGAGAUUGUAUUUUCAAGAGCAAUCACAUCUGGACUUGGUUGACACAGUAAAGGCAAGUCAAAAACAAGUGAAUCAACAGGCGGAGAAGUUGGCAGAUGCUGAGGACAGAAGUAGACGUAAUAACUUAAGGAUCAGAGGGAUCCCUGAUAAUAUCGACACUGCGGAAAUACCAAACAUCUGUCAAAAUAUGGUGAGGGCAGUUAAACCGAAUGCCACUAAUUCGGAAUUAUUAUUAGAUCGUAUUCACCGCUGCCCAAACCUAGAAGUGCACCUGCGGCUGUGCCCAAGGAUGUAA